GUAAUGUGAAAAUUCAAGAGGUAUGACAUUCUUGUGUACCAACUAAUGAUUGCUUUGUUUUUAGAUGCCUUAGCUGGACCAAUUGUUGAUUCACAUGUGACGGCAGUUUGGGGGAAGAAAGUUGCACUGAAAUGCAUAAUUGAUGUAAACGAAACAAUUACACAAGUUUCUUGGGAGAAGACACAUGGUAAAAGUUCACAGACUAUUGCUGUUCAUCAUCCUGAAUAUGGAAUUUCUAUUCAAGGAGAAUACCAAGGAAGAGUGUCAUUUAAAAAUUACUCGCUUACUGAUGCAACAAUCAUCCUAAGAAAUGUAAGCUUUUCUGAUGCAGGAGAAUAUAUUUGCAAGGCAGUUACAUUCCCCCUUGGAAAUGCACAGUCAUCAACAACUGUAACAGUACUAGUUGAGCCUGUUGUGAGCUUAAUGAAAGGACCGCAUCCUCUGAUAGAUGGUGCAAAUCAGACAAUAGCAGCCAUUUGUACAGCAGCCACUGGAAAACCUGCUGCAGAGAUUGACUGGGAAGGAGGUCUUGGUGAGAUGCAAUCCAGCUCUACUUCCUUUCCAAAUGAAACUGUGACAGUUGUGAGUCAGUAUGCUAUAGUUCCGACACGAUUUGCAAGAGGAAGACUUAUAACUUGUAUUGUGAGACACCCAGCUUUGGAAAAGGAGAUAAGAUAUUCUCAAGUGUUGGACAUACAGUAUGCCCCAGAAGUUUCAGUAACUGGCUAUGAUGGGAACUGGUUCAUUGGAAGAGAAAACGUUCAGCUCAGAUGUAAUGCUGAUGCAAAUCCAUUGCCAAUGGAGUUCAUGUGGACCAGAUUGGAUGGACAAUGGCCUGAAGGAUUGCUAUCGGUCAACAAUACUCUGCAGUUCAGCAGCCCAUUGACUUACAACUACACUGGGACUUAUAUCUGUAGGGUGACUAAUUCCCUUGGUCAGAGAAGUGAUCAGAAGACUAUCUACAUAUUAGAUCCUCCUACUACUACCACUCGACUGCCCACGGUUCCCUGGCAUCCUUCGACUGAUGGCAUCACAGGUUUAGCAACAGAACCUAGAAUAAUAAAUAUCCCAACAUCAACCUUGCCAGCAAUACAGGAAGACACUUGGGGUACCGUCAUCGGUAGUGCGGUGGGGGGGGCCCUCUUCCUCAUACUUGUCAGUGUUCUGGUUGGAAUUAUCUGCUAUAGGAGAAGACGGACGUUCCGUGGUGACUACUUUGCUAAGAACUACAUUCCACCAUCAGAUAUGCAAAAAGAGUCUCAAAUAGAUGUUCUUCAGUCAGAUGAUGUGGAUUCUUAUCCUGACAGUAUAAAAAAAGAAAUAAAACAUCCAAUGAACAGCCUAAUAUCUAAAGAUUAUUUAGAAGACCCUGAAAAACCAGAGUGGAACAAUAUAGACAAUAUUAACAGGUACCAGGAACGUUAUGAAAGACCAAUGGAUUAUUAUGAAGGUGGAACAUUGGGAAUGAAAUAUAUGGGUGGUGAAUGUUAUGAUGACAAUGAAGAAGACUUUGUUUCUCACAUAGAUGGCUCGGUAAUAUCCCGGAGGGAGUGGUAUGUGUAGUAACCACUGAAAACUAUACUUGUACCUACAAUUCACUUCAUUGGCUGGUCACUUUCAGAUUGUUUAUACUUACACGUGAGGAGGAAUAAACUUUUUGAAUUUUUUUCAAGCUUUUUAUAUUGUGACUUGAGAAAUGGAAAUGUUGAAUCUGGGAAAAUGUAUUUGAGCUGCUUUAAUUUUUUUUUAAAUUUUUUUCUCCCAAUGCUGUACUACUGUUCAAGAUUUGAAUUUUAAUGCAGAGUGCUUAUAUUGGUCUAUGUCAGAGGUAACAAAGGCUAAAUUAAAGUUACCAUUCAAACUUGAUUAAGAAUAAGAAGUGGCUUUCUUGGCUUUCUGAUUGAAAAAGAAGUUUACCUAAGACAAUGAUCAAGUAUAAUCUUUUGGGGCAUUUAAUUUGCAGAUCUAACAUCUGUAAUGCAGAACAGUAAGUGAGUUACUGAAAUCUGACACCAUCGGUGACAAAUACAAUGCUUCUGUAUAGCAACUACUCUACCAAUUAAAAUAAGUUUCAGCAGAAUCAAAACUUUAUUUUUUAGAUUUUCUGCACAAAAAUGAAUACCUCUUAGCAUUUUAAUGAGCCUUCUUGUAACUAUGUACUUAAAAGUCAUUGCACUGAAAAUAAGUUAUCUAUGAACAAGACUCUGAGGAGUAACUGUGUGAACAGGUCAAAGGCUUGUCUUUUGAGUAAGAUGAAAAAAUAUUUUUUAUAGUCUUUGAUUUCUAAAAGCUUAUGCUAACGUGUGUAUACAUACAUACAAGUGAGGUAUUUUGUUAGGUCUGUGUUAGGCAUGAUGUCAAAACUCAUUACUGAAUACAAGACUCUCUUUGCAAGUACAUGUAAUAGUUUUAAAGACCUGUUAAUGAGGCUUUGUGGGAAUCCUAACUGUGAAUAUGAAAGCUGGAGAACUGAACACAGCUAGGAAGAAAACUCCAAUGGAUUUCUGAGUUGGAGAAGCGAGCAAGCUUGCAUAUUUUCCAGGAUGCCAAUAACACUGCAAGCCUGUGAAGAGGUGUUAUAAUGUUUACUAGAGAUUUUAUGACCAGUAGUUAAAAUGGCAGUUUUGCACUACUUCUGGAUAACAAGUUUGAAAAGUUACAAUGCUUGCUUCAAAGAGGGUGACUAGAACUUCAGGUUACUGGUAAAAAAGUGGACGUUGCGUUGCCACUUCAUGUAGUAAAAACAUACUAUGCAACAGUGCAACUACCGGAUAUAUGAAACAAAAGUCUAGAUAUACCAUGCAGUCUCUGUACCGCAGUGGAUUUGUUUUUCCCUGCAGAUAAUAUAACUGAUUUAACAAUAGGUGCUUGUUGUUUAAAAUGAUAUCAUAUGCGGGACAUCUGUUUUGUGAUCUGUAGUAGUUCUACUUUGUGUUGAGCAAGUUCAGCAAACUAAUUCUGCUGAUUUAUGUGGAGAGGAAUUGAAAUGAAAUAACUCUAGAUGAAUUGCGGUACAAUGAUAAAUUCAGAAUUAGAAAGAUCAGUUCUUUUGAAGUGCCGUUUUUAAAUGUCUAGCUGGAAAAAUAAAGUUUAUAAGGCUAUUAGUAUUUGAAACCUGAAAAGGGAAAACUGCCCAUUACAUUUAAAGUGAAAUGGACUGCAUAAUUAUGACUGCUUCAUGAGUAUUCAUGCUGGAAGUUCUUUUCUAUCCUCAUGGUAUUUGGUAGCUUUACAGCAUUUAGAGCUUGACAAAAAUAGUUAUUGAGUGUUGUAGACAAUACACUGUGAUCGCAUAUGACUGCAUGUCUUCAAAAAAAAAAAAAAAAAAAAUUAAGACAACAGCUUUAUUUGAAAUUCAAAUGAAAAAACUUCCCUAAACAACUAAAGUUCAUAUUUGGAUUAGCUGAGCACUGGUACAUGAUUGACCAAAGUCUCAAGUACAAUAGCAAAUGAUAUUCUAUGUAUCAGUAGUUUGAGUGCAAAUUCAAAGAAAGGAGUUGAGUUUCUUGUAGAAGGUUCUGAUCCAAAUUAUUUCUGAAAUAAAAGGGAUCAUGCCUCUUAAAACAAACAAACAAAAAAUACUUGAUAUAUCAUCUUUAAAAGAUGGUCCUACUCAGAAAUAAACGUAACCGUAAACCUGUUCUCCACAUGAGAUAUCUUGCUUGUGUCUCUGUGGAUUUUUGAGGGUUUUUUGUUCAAAAAAAUAUUUAACUACUAUUGGUGGAGAAUUUGAGAUGUUUUUGGAGUUGGAGUUGAUAAUAGGCAUAGGGCUUACAAGUGUUGCGAUGUUUUGUACGUUAUAUCUGCUGUAAAAAGAAUUGAUUGUAAGUGCAAAUGGCUGUUGUGUGAAUAAACUUUUGUUAUAUUCUCCAAUGUAGGUAGUGUUCAAAAAUGUUUGAAAGAUAUAUUCACAAAAGUGAAGGUGAACAGGUAUAACAAAAUCAAAAGUUGGGUAAAAGCAGCUAAAGAAAUUAAACCCCUAGGACCGGCUCUUUUUAGUAUUUCUUCUGGAAGACCCUAAGCUUACAAAACAAAAAGCUUACUGGCUUUAGAAACAAUUUUUAAAAGGGUGAACAACUGAGAAUGAUAAGUAGGGAUAGUUGCUGUCUAAACAAUUGCACAUUAAGCACAGCUAAUACAAUAGCUAGAAUUCAUUUUCUUAAAAUUCGCCUUGUUUUCAGAUGCUGUAGCUUUGCUUUAACCAUAUUUAUUGGAGUAAAACAAAUUCCACCUAUUUGUGACCAGCUGGUCAUACAUUGCUAUAUAGUUGGCACCAUAUCUUAGGUGCUUUCUGACUUGUUCAGCUUGGCAAGAUGGUCUGGGUUUCUGAUCAGUCCUAUGGUUAGACUGGUUUAAUUUUUGUCCCUACUUCUUUGCCAAAGCAAUUCAAAAGCAAAUUAAGUGAGCACUGUAAUAAUUGCACUUCAGUUCCUAUACAUUGCUACUCUUGUUCUAAGAGUACCUCUGUUUCCUGGUUUUGAGAGAGAAUUGAGUGGCUGUUGUCAUAUCACCCAAAACCAGAUUCAAUGGCCAAACUUUCGUUGCGCUUAUAAUACUUGAGGGUGUUACAACAGUAUUGCAGAACUUACCAGAAAAGGGCUGCUAAUGGUCUAUCAAACCGAAGUACACUAGGAAAUCUACAGGCAAGAAACUCUUCUAGUGAAGCUGUAAUCACAAGACCAGUAUCUUCAUGAAUUUUGGACCUAAUGCUGUUCUUCUGUUUCGUGCUUAAGCAAGAUGGCAUCCAGUGUAAGCACAUCCAGUGUAAGCUAAACUUGAGCCAGUUCAUGUGCCUAGUCCUCAUGAGAAAAGAGGAACUGGUUUUUUAGGUAUAUAGGGUAGUGUCUGACAGCAAAUGAAGCUUAUGUCAGGAAAGCUGUUUUCAUUAAAUAUAUUUCCUGAAAUAGAACACUGAUCACUUAAGAUGAUAGGUUACGUCAAUUUUGGAGUGAGUUAGCUUCCUGCUAUUAAGGUAUCAACAUUAAGGUAUAAAACCAUAGCUUAACGGAAGAAGUUAGGGGAAAAAAAACACUUAGUUCCAUUAUUUUGUGUUUAUCUAGUUAUUAUUUAAACAAUUCAUGUGAGUUCACCUCACUCCCGUGAGUGUUCUUUCAUAUGCUGUGAGAGGGCAGGAAUCCCUUUAUCAGAUUGGAAAUGAGCUUUUUCCAAAAUCAGGAAUGGAAGUAGGGUGACAUUAUCCAGCUUUCUGACACAGAAGCUGGACAGCGUUUGAAAUACAAGUAAUAGAUGCUUGUUCUUGUUUUUGAUACAGUAGUAGAGUGUAUAGCUGAAAAGGCUCCUAAAAUUCCCUCUGCUGAGAGACUGAAUGGAGGAGGAUUGAGUGGUAUUUGGAAAAACAUAGUAUAUGAUUGUUCCUGAAGGAAAAUGAUGAAAGUAUACUGCAUAAAAAUGCAUUACCAGGUAUAGAGCUGAGUAAACUUUAAGCUCCUUUGCCAUUACCUUUCUGAUCCAGUAAACAAUACAGAUCAGAGCAGUUGUUCCGUAUUUCUGCAUGUUUACCUACAUUUUGCAGGUAACAGUUUCACUGAAGCUAGUACGAAUUGUUAGAGUUGGGUGACUUUGUGAUAAGCCUGUUGAUGUAAAUAUGGAUAGUUUGCUGGUUGCAU